CUCAACCUAACCAAGUAGUUUUUGUGCCGAAACCUGGUAUGCUGCAUGUUUAUUAUAGCCAUGACACUGAAAGGCCCUGUCCAUCUCCUUCAAAGCCUGCAGGAUGAGGAAACACCCAGAGAGUGCAGAGUGUGGCCCCGGGGCCCGACCUUCCAUCCAGAAGUGAACUUGGACAUAAAAGCAACAAAAAGAGCCCAAAUGAAAGGGAAGAGUCUCUGGGUGUCAUCAUGUGGGAAGCAGGCCUUUGUGCUCAGGCUGCAGGAGAUGGAUCUGUGUGCAUAACGAUGUUGUUGGAUUUGAAAACGAUGCAGGGAUCAGGGGAGUGCAGACCACCAGAAAAAACAUACAGAGAGGAGCUGAUGUUAUAUACGACUGAAGGAAGCAAGAAAUAAGGAGUAAAAAGACUCCGUGGGGAACAAAAGAUCUCAUUAACCCAUCAAAUUCACUAUAUAUUAAAUUAGUCAUAAAGUAGCCUGAGCUUGUACCAACAUCAAAAUAAUGUAAUAAUAUCAAUAAUUUAACGCCCCCCGCCCGCCCCAACAGAAACUGUUAACUUAUUUCACUGCAAAUACUUAAAUUCAUGUAAGAUUAAAUUUCAUUUUUAAAUCGGUGUGAAGCCUUCUCUGACAUGUCUGAUCCUAUCAAAAUAAAACUUCCUUGCUUUUCGGAAACCACAAAAUCAAAGCUAAAACCUAACAAAACACAAACACAAGCCUUACAGGGUUAAAAGUGUGUGUCAUUUACACUCUGAACGUUGUUUAGAAAGAUGAGGACAAUAUCAACAACAGUAAUAAAGGUUAAGUUGAAAUGCAGGUUAACACGUUUGUAGCUAUUUACAUUGCUAAAACCACCGGAUGAAUUUGUGGGUUAGACCGAGCAGACAAAUGUGUAUUUCUUGACAUUAUAUAGUUCCUUAAAAAUGUUUGCAUAAAGCCGAGCGAACACCGCCAGCUUACAGGGCGCGUCAUUUGUCGUGAAUGCUUUGCUAUGUGUUUACUUCCAGUGAAAUGACCAAAUUAAAUAAGGAACUGUUUUUGCCUCAGUAUGUCCAGUGCGCACACUUCCAAAAACCCAGAAAAUAAAAGCAGCGCGUCUUCGCCCCCACAGAGAGAGAAGGAGAGAGAGUCAGGACGACAGCUCGUCUCACAUCCACAGACAUUUUCAGAGGCAGCUUCUCAGUCUGAGCAGCACUUUUUGUAUCGGGAUUGUCAUUCCAGCCUCCCCUCUCAUCAGGGUCUGUAGUUUUAAUUUUACUUCAUCCCGACCAGUAGCGGCUGAAAGCCCUCACAACAACAACAGCACAUAUGCAUCGGAGCCGCGGCUGGGGGAAGACCCGGCCGUGACUCCAUCUCCAUCCUCUGCAGAUUCGUUUAAACUUUUCAUUUCCUACAGGCGGAGGAUGUUUGCUUUCCAACUCAACAAGUCUUUUUUAUUUAGCGGACAUUAACUGUUGAUGGCUGCGGAAUGGAGAUAGCUUUGGUGAGCUUUGACAACGGCGGCGCCAAAGGGAGCGGUGGUAGCGGUGGCAACAAUGCCGAGGAGAGCUGCCGUAACGCGCUGGGUGUUCCUCAGUCGGGCUUCGUUCAAAGCGGACUCGGAGGGGACUACAGUAAAGAGCUGAACACCCGGGGGAGUCCUCAGCAGCAGCAGCAGCAGCACCCAAGCCCCUGGAAAAUCAACGACAUGAACAACACUUUCAGCUGCAGCGAGAACGCUAUGGAUGCGCUUUUACGCGCGGACCACAGUCCCCAUCUGUUCGACGAGGACAUGCUGGACAUGGACAUGGACACAGAGAACAACGAGCGGGUGCUUAUUAACAUAGCCGGGCUGAGAUACGAGACCCAGCUAGGCACCCUGAACCAGUUCCCUGACACUUUACUGGGAGACCCUGCUAAAAGAAUAAAAUACUUCGACCCACUCCGGAACGAAUACUUCUUCGACCGCAACAGACCGAGUUUCGACGGGAUUUUAUAUUUUUAUCAAUCGGGAGGGAAGAUCCGGAGACCUGUCAAUGUGUCAAUUGAUGUGUUCGCAGAUGAGAUUAGGUUUUAUCAGCUGGGAGAGGAGGCCAUGGAGAGGUUCCGUGAGGACGAGGGCUUUAUAAAAGAGGAGGAAAAGCCGCUGCCUCAGAAUGAGUUUCAGAAGCAGGUCUGGCUCAUAUUUGAGUAUCCGGAGAGCUCCAGUCCGGCCCGGGGCAUCGCCAUUGUGUCUGUGAUCGUUAUCACCAUAUCCAUCAUCACCUUCUGCCUGGAGACGCUGCCGGAGUUCAGGGAUGAGAGGGAGCUGCUGGUCACCAGCCGGCUGGACAACAGCACCGCGCCCCGUCCGUCUAUCACCUUCACCGACCCCUUCUUCAUCAUCGAGACCACGUGUGUCGUCUGGUUCACAUUCGAGCUGCUGGUGCGUUUCUUCGCCUGCCCCAGCAAGUCGGAGUUCUCCAAGACCAUCAUGAACAUCAUCGACAUCAUGUCCAUCAUGCCUUAUUUCAUUACCGUGGGCACGGAGCUGGUGGAGCAGCAAGGCCAGGAGCACCAGAACGGGCAGCAGGCCAUGUCGCUCGCCAUCCUGAGGGUCAUCCGCCUGGUCCGGGUCUUCCGGAUCUUCAAGCUUUCCAGACAUUCCAAGGGGCUCCAGAUCCUGGGGCAGACCCUGAAAGCCAGCAUGCGGGAGCUGGGCCUCCUCAUCUUCUUCCUCUUCAUCGGGGUCAUCCUUUUCUCCAGCGCCGUGUACUUCGCAGAGGCGGACGAGCCGGAAUCUCACUUCUCCAGCAUCCCCGACGCCUUCUGGUGGGCCGUGGUCACUAUGACCACCGUGGGCUACGGCGACAUGAGGCCGGUGACGGUCGGAGGCAAGAUCGUCGGCUCUCUGUGCGCCAUCGCCGGGGUUCUCACCAUUGCGCUGCCGGUGCCGGUCAUCGUCUCCAACUUCAACUACUUCUACCACAGGGAGACGGACCAGGACCAGUCCUCUCUGAAGGACGAGCCGAACAGCGGCCGAGCGAGCCCCGAGCUGAAACGCAAAGGGAGUAAAUCCUCAGCCAAGUCGCAGGAUGUGGAGAGCAACGACGCGGGCGCAUCGGUGGAAAAGGCGAACAUCAAGGCGAACAGCAGCAUGGACUUCAAGAGAUCCCUUUACGCAUUCUGCUUGGACACACGGGAGACAGACCUGUAGUCUUGCAGUCCUCACUUUUCUAUUAAAGCCCAUAGCUGUGUAGAAUAAAGCGCCAUUAACGGGCUGUUAAGUCUUAGCACUCGCAGCUGGAGGAGCAACACUUUGCAGUCUUGACGGGGUUGAUUUCAAACAGCACAUUUUAACCCCUGUCGUUUGCCGAGCACUUCCCUUUGUGAGUAAACGAAGGAGUCAGGAGUAAAUCACCGUGCAUGUGAUGCGACACGGCGGCCCUUUAAUAAAGUAGGAGCACCUGCAGGACACUCGCUCAUGGAUGAAUGAGUGUGGAGGCAAAACAGGCCAUCUAUGAUAAUCAGGGCAUGGAAUCACCACUUGACUCAGAGGAUCAACAGGACCAACAGACUCUCUGUACAUAAACAGUCCACAUUCCUAGUACAGCAGAAGAAAAAGCCAAAUUGUAUUUUUUCGUACAUUCCCUGCAUUUAGUCACGAUGUUUAUGUUAGAAAGUUGCAGCACACAUGUACAUAUUCCUCACAGGCCUAUGAACUGGAGCCUGGUGGUAUUGUGAUCUGGAGACAUGUUUGUGAUGCAGACGCCUGCUUUCCUCCAUUCAGAUUUUGUCAGAGAAGAGAGACCAUUUUUUCCUAAAUGAGCGUGGCUCCACUCAGAGAGGACCUAACAGCCUUAUUUAUCAUCAUUUUAAAAUAAGCAACAUUUGUUAUUGUUUUUGUAAAGGACAUAAGAUGAAGUGUGUAAAACCAGGGAAUAACAGCCAACAGCAGAGGACAACGCAGAGACCAUCUGGAGAGAUCAAGCAACACUGAUGCCAGACUCGAGAGACGGCUGGGAGGAGCCUGGAGCUUUUCCAGAGAGACAACAGAUGCAGUUGGCCCUGAGGGCUGCUCCUGGAGCCUCCAUGUACAUCCAAUCAGAUAUCUGAUAUCUGAAUUGGCUGACUGCUGCAGUCUCGUAGAAUUCAUGGCUGUUCAUUUGUGGAAGUUUAAAGUGGAAUAACAUGGGAAUACUCAAACAAGUUGACGCCCUGCCUUCUGACCAUCGGGAGAGUCGAUCUCCCCUCCACCUGGACACUAAAACACUAACGCCGCUGCUGCACUUCAAAAAUCUGAAUCUACAGCCCUUUUUUGAGCUGUGUGCCUUCCAGCAGACUUCACCAGUGAUACUUCUGAAACGUUUCAUUUGCUUUUGUUGUUGUGUUUCUUUGGAGCAGGACUCAGAGGACACAUCAUGCAGGGGAGCCUGGGACCGUGCUGCUUUGUCUCUCUGGAGGAAAACAUCAGAGCUAACCAGGACAUGCAACUUUGAUCAUUCUAGCAUCCUAACGUCUUCUCUUUUUUCUACAAAUCGUGUCAGUGAUGGACUUCAUAUGGGAAGAAAUCCCUCGCUGUGCAAUAUCAGUCAAUAUUUAUGUGAGGGUGUCAUGUGGAUGUGGACUUUGGGCAAACAUUUUGGUUUAUUUUUGUAAUGAUGUUUUCCUGAUUUCUAUUUUUCUAAAAUGAUAAGAUGAAAGGAGAACAAAAUAAUCAGUACAUUUAAAGGAGAGGGGAUGUUUGGUUGUUGCUAACAGGGAGAAAGCUUAGUUUUCCUCAACGACAUCCCGUCCUGCUCUGACCAGGGCCAAAGCCAUAGCCUAUCUCAGACAACAGUGCACCGCGUGUUUGAAACGCGUCGGUGUCCCGAACAGCAAGAUGCAUUCAGGGUCUCUCAGUCUGGGGCCGACUCCACAGGCUCCACUUGUCAGCUUAUCUUAGGGUUUUUUGGAGUGAUGUUUUGGUUUUUAUUGUUUGUUCAGGGACUUGAAUCUGAAGUGUUUAGUAUUCUCUACCUUUGUAUGGCCUGUUUUCCUUGCUGUUAUUUUGUAUUUCCUCUUACAUAUCAACCAAGCAAAUAUACAGUAAGUGGCAUGUGUGUUGCAAAUGAGAAAAAUGAAUGAGUGUGUUCGCAAGAAUGGGAGCUGAAAUACAGUAAAUUCUCAAAUAAGAGCUG